AUUGUAUUAGUGUGAGGGAUGCUGUUGAAAGAUGAUGCCCCCUUCGGUUUCUCCCUCCUGCCACUCCUUGAGGUUGAGGCAUUGAAGGCAUCUAUUAAAAUGCAGUUCAGUUACUUAAUUGGGAUGACAGCCAUUACCAAAGAUGAAUUAGUUUUUCAUGCAAGGAAACGGCAGACAUUUGUAGUUGUCUGUCAGUGAUUCCUUGUGUUUUUCCAGGCUAGGGAUGCGUAGAAUCUUCAAGAACUCUUCCCUGGCUUUCAUCCCCUACAUCAUCAAGUUCCUUUCUGUCUCCAUUUAAGAAGUUUAAAUCAAACCUCACCGCCUGCAAACAUCCCUGUCUGCUUUACUUCCCACCAUCUUAAGCCGUCCCGGCCUUUCCCAUGUGUAAUCCACUGUGCUUGCUGCAGUCCUCCUAGGCUAACUAAAAUGUGAAUUUCCUCGAGCCACUUUCCUGUUCAGCCACUUACAGUGGCCUCCCCCCCCCCUUGGUUUCAAGCCUUUCAACAUAAGCUGUUUCUUAGAUAUUUCUUGUCUCGUAUUGUUUCAGUCAGUCAAGGGAAUUCUCUGUACCUCUUAGGUUGCUUUCUUCCUUCUCAGCACAAACCGUGUUGACACCUGCCUCCACAUGCUAUGCAUGUUCCCACAUUCUUGUCCUUGUUUAUCCUGUUGCCCUCCCCUCUCCCCUCCCUUAUCUAUACCUGUCCAUAUCCUGCCUGCCCUCUGUCAAGGCCCUUUUUCAGUUCCAUCAUCUCCAUAAGCCGGUUCAAAAUAUUCAAGGCCAUACUGAUUGUCUCUUUUUCUCUAAUGAACUACUUUGAUUUCUUCCACCAGCUUAUAAGCUCUUGAAAGGCAAGUACUAUAUUUCAUACGACUUUUAUCCCCACCACCCCCAUCUCCUUGAUUAUCCAGGAAAGACAGGUUGAAUGGUAAAUAUUGUCAUGGUGUUAGAACAUUUGUUCUGAGUUUGUUUGUUUGUUUGUUUUGACAUGAUGGUUAUACCCAUUGCAGGUUUGGGCAUUUCAUGAACCUUCAAUAAAUGUUUGGCUCUCCUUUGUUACCUCCUAAAUCUGAGAAUCUGUAAUGUUUACCCUUUCUUAAGGAGAAAGCCAGAAAGGCACCCAGGUUUUCCUGAGCAGAUCUUUGGAGUAGUGUCCAAAACCAAACCAAACCCUUUGCCGUCGAGUUGAUUCCAACUUAUAGCAACCCUAUAUGACAGAAUAGAACCGUCCCAUAGGGUUUCCAAGAAGUGGCUGGUGGAUUCAAACUGCUGACCCUUUGGUUAGCAGCCUGAGCUCUUAACCACUGCACCACUAGAACUCCUAGAGUAGUGUAAAAACUGUUGCCAUCAAGUCGAUGCCAACUCAUAGCGACCGAAUAAGACCCUGUAGGAGUAGCGUAGGGCUAUGUAAUUUGUAUUCUAGGACAUUCUUAUUCUCAUUUUUAGGCUAUCAUUUUGUUUAUUCAGAUAUUCAGAAUACAUAUCUGCAUUUUGAAAACAAUCUUCAUUGGCUUCUUUAUAUAAUAAAAAUAUUUAAGUACUCUAUUUCUGUUUUAACUCAGAUAUGACUUCUUUCCUUUGAUCCAUAUCUGGGUAUAGCCCCCACAAGUCACAAUCGUUUUUAGAGGGAUUGGGCUAUUUUACACAAGUAAUUCUCUGCAACAAAAGCAAGGGAAGGGGAUAAACAGAGAACCCCUGGGGAUGAGGAGCCUGUCCUGUUUAACACAGUGUAUAGUGUCAUUCAGGUCCAGCAAGUUAGCUUUGUGGUUUCCCCUAUAGUCUUUUACAUAUAGGCUGUAUGCACGGAUAAAGGAUGUCACCGUGGAACACCAACCACUUACUUAAUGUGUACUCAAUUCCGUGCAAACUAUUCUGAGGGUUAUAAAAAGUACUGUGAGACAUGGUGUCUGCCUUCAAGGAUCUUACAUAAUUAGGAGAGGAAAUAACAUGGGGCAAAUAGGGGAUAAAUCUCAUUCUGGUCUUUUUUUUAUGGCUGGGAUUAAGAUAAGGGAUAACUGAAGGUUUAGAAAACCAUUGCACAAUUGUAGAAUAGGUGAGACGUUAACAUCAUGCGUGCAUAUAGCCGUAUGUAAAAGACUUGGCAGUUUUAGCUGACAGCUUAAUGAUUCAACAGUGUGAUACGGUCCCCCAAAAUCUGCUUCAGAUUCCAGUUGUAGUCAUUGGAAUAUAAUAGGAUGAAGAACAUGAUUGUGGAUAUUUAGCCCGAGAAAGAUAAGACAUGAUAAAAAAGAAAAAAUCUUUUUUUUUAAGACAUGAUAAAAAAAAAAAAAAGACAUGAUAGCUGUCUUUAAAUAUUUGAAGGAUUCCCAUAGGAAAAAAGAAUAAAUUUGUUCAAUAUUGCCUCCCAAGAAUGAAGGAAAACUAGAGAAAGGCAGAUUUUUGGCUCAUAGCAACCCUAUAGGACAGAGUAGAACUUCCCCAUAUGGUUUCCAAGGAGCGUCUGGUGUAUUUGAGCUGCCGACCUUUUGGUUAGCAGCCAUAUCUCUUAACCACUGCACCACCAGGGUUUCCCAGAAUGAGGAAGGACUGUCUGAAUCAGACCUACUGUAUGAUACAGAGCUGCUUCAUAAGAUGGUUCUUUCCUAGCGUUGGAGGGCAAGGGAUUUUACUUCUACUAUCAGAUGGGGGUAAGGAGGUGGUGGUAGUGGUGGUAGCAAUGUUAGGUUUAGCCAGUGGUCCCCAGACUUUUGGAUAUUAUGGACUAAUAAAAUUUAAAUGUAAGUGUGGGGAGGGGGUGCAAAUAUAGUGUAGUCAAUCUUAUUUUGCCAAGUAAGGCACUAACCUGCAUCAACUGCCAGCUACUAUUACCAUCAUUUCAUACAGAAACGUAAUAUUUUUUAAUGCUCGAGGAAUAGGAAGAACAUAAUUUCAUAAUAAUACUCCUUUAAAUUAAAUACAUUUAACUGAUAAAAAGGCACCGGAUGCCUUUAUUUUUUUCCAUUUUGCCCCAGAAUUGUGAAAACUUUACUAGGGAACCACUUGGCUGGCUUACCUAAGAUUCAGUGACUAGUCUUUGUGCUCCCUGCCAUGGUCCAGCCCCCUGCCUUCCUCUGGUUCAUUAUUGCUCCCUGAACCCUGAGCACAUCUUCCUUAUUAUAAGGCUGGUACCAAACCAAAAAACCCACUGCCGACGAGUGGAUUCCAACCUGUAGCAACCCUAUAGGACAGAGUAGAAUUGUCAUAUAGGGUUUUCAAGGCUGUAAAUUUUUACAGAAGCGGAAGCUCUGAUAGAGGCUUUCUCUGUAAUGAGAAGAGUUGAAAGAAGACGUAAAGAGAAAGCUUUGGAGAGAAACACAGCAGCAGUCCGAAACAUUUAAGACUUUGGGAGAAUCUCUAAAUUGGUGAAUGAAGAGUGCAUUUUCUCCCUCAAACUCAAAGAGGGCAUACGCUAUGACCCUUGCUUUAUCAUGGCUACUUUCUUAUGUGUCACGUUUUACUAUUGAUCCUAAUGUUAGUAUGUGGACAUGGCUGAAAAGUUGAGAAGAUAGCAGUUAUUACUCAAGACCAUUUCAAGCUGCAGCUGAUAUUGACGCAGUGGUUAAGAUGUUUUCCCCCCCUUUUGGCUUUAUUCCUAUUUUGCUUUUUAGAGUUUCUUUCAACAACUUUCCUCCAAAAGGGCUAUGUAUUCCACACUCUGUAUGUCAAAUGGACUGGCCGAUGACACUAUUGAAAGCAAAUUUCCUUAAUUAUUUUUGUGCCCUGUAACUAAGGCAUUAGCCUGCAUGUUUGCUGAUCUUUCUGGAAAAUUGUUCUGUGCUUAGUUACAGAGAAUUCCUUAUUUGGAAAGAAAGCGAAAUACUGUGUCUCCCCUAAAAAGAGACUGUGACUCAACGGCACUAACCCCUAGAUUGGGCGGCGGCGGUGGGAGGGAGUGUAGGCAGCCAGUAAGAUGUUAAGAUGUAAAUUUGGGCACUUAAAUUUUCAAAAAUGUAGUAAUAAUAGCCAAGAUUAUUGAGCAAGAUGUCAGGUACACUUUUCUAGGUGUUUCACAUAUAUAUUAUUUAAUUUUCAAAAUAACCCUAUAAUUUUUAUUAUUAUUCUCAUUUUACAGUUGGAAAACAGAGGCACAAAGAGGUUAAGUAACUUGCCCAAGGUCACAGAGCUAGUAAGUGGUAGAGUCAGUAUUUGAACCCAGCCAGUUUGACUUCACAGUCUCUAUUCCUGACCAUGAGCCACUUGAAGUUGCUUUUGAAAUUCAGAAGUAUGCAUAUUGUGAAGCUGUGAAGGAGGAAUAUUUAAAAGAAAUCUGAGAGUCCAUCCCAAGAAAAGAGAUUACUUUUAGCUGGACCAGGAUUCAGUCGGCGUACCUGCAGCAGUGGUUCUUAACAGUGUAGAAGCGGCAGCAUUAUUUGGGAACUUCCCAAUUAUCAGGGCAAGACCCAAACCACCAAUCAGAAACUCUGGAGGUGCGGCCCAGCAGUCUCUGUUUUGAUAAGCCUUCUAGGUGUUUCUGGUGCACACGAAAAUUUGAAAACACACUGGCCUAGAGGCUAGAGCUGUGGGAAAAAUAAAAUCCACCAGAGAAAGAGCUGGGAGUGGCAGGAACAGAGGAAACUACUGAAAAGAUGGAACAUGAUAAGUCUAAUGGGGAAGGGGAGCAGAAUAUAGUGUUAAAGAACCAGAACAAAAAAGAAAAACAGGAUUUGUACGUAUGUGUUUUAAAAGGCCACGGAGACGGACAAGGACAUCCACUAGAUGCAUUAUGUUAAAUGUUGGAGAGAAGAGAGACAUCAUCCAUAUCGCUGUCAUUUCUGUUGGGCCAAGAAGGAAGAUGGAAAGCACCAGAAAAGUACCACUGUAAGCCAUGAGAUGUCUGGUCUGAAUUGGAAACCCUUUGUAUAUGGCGGCCUUGCCUCUAUCGUUGCUGAGUUUGGAACUUUUCCUGUGGACCUUACUAAGACAAGACUUCAAGUUCAAGGUCAAAGCAUUGAUGUCCGCUUCAAAGAGAUAAAAUACAGAGGGAUGUUUCAUGCUUUAUUCCGAAUUUAUAAAGAAGAAGGUGUGUUGGCUCUGUAUUCAGGAAUUGCCCCUGCUUUACUAAGACAGGCAUCAUAUGGCACCAUUAAAAUUGGCAUUUACCAAAGCUUGAAACGAUUAUUUGUAGAACGUUUGGAAGAUGAAACGCUUCUAAUUAAUAUGAUCUGUGGGGUAGUGUCAGGAGUGAUAUCUUCCACUAUAGCUAACCCCACCGAUGUACUAAAGAUUCGAAUGCAGGCCCAAGGAAGCUUGUUCCAAGGGAGCAUGAUCGGCAGUUUCAUCGAUAUAUACCAACAAGAAGGCACCAGGGGUCUGUGGAGGGGUGUGGUCCCAACUGCGCAGCGUGCUGCCAUCGUUGUGGGAGUAGAGCUUCCAGUCUAUGAUAUUACCAAAAAGCACUUAAUAUUGUCAGGGAUGAUGGGAGACACAAUUUUAACCCACUUUGUUUCCAGCUUUACGUGCGGUUUGGCUGGGGCUCUGGCCUCCAAUCCAGUUGAUGUGGUGAGAACUCGCAUGAUGAACCAGAGGGCGAUCGUGGGACACGUGGACCUCUACAAGGGCACUUUGGAUGGAAUUUUAAAGAUGUGGAAGCAUGAGGGGUUUUUUGCACUGUAUAAAGGAUUUUGGCCAAACUGGCUUCGACUUGGACCCUGGAACAUCAUUUUUUUUAUUACAUAUGAGCAGCUCAAGAGGCUUCAGAUCUAAGGACUGAAUUAUGUGUGAGCCCAGCCCUGGCAACCUGUCUAUCCUUCCCCCCUCCCUGUUUUUUCUGUGUUCUAAUGUAUUUUGAAAAUGUUUUAAGUGUUUGCCGAACCUGUGAUCCCCCAAGGGCUUCCUGAUCGAAGAAGGAUACAGUGGUUCAAAAAUGUUGAUGUGUUUGUGUUACCAUGGUAACUUUUCCCUGAGGAAGUGUUAACGUUGAGACUCUGGCCCCAGAUCGGUAUCUUCUGUGAAGAUGGAUGCUGAUGGAUAAUUUUCAAGGUGGUUGUCUUUCAAAUGUGGGUUAAAUGUAGUUGGUAGCCCCAGAUGUGGGCUAGAGCAGAAGGCGUAGGCCAGAGCAGUUACAGCUGUGGAGGUUACAGACCUCGGUUCUCAUUAAAGUAUUUAUUGGCAAAAUCACUUCGGCUUUGUUUUCUUUUACUAUUCGCUCGUUUGCCAGCUUUUUAAAUUCUAAUCUCCAGAAAGUGAUAAAGAAAAGGUGACUAUGAAAUUGAGAAAUAGGCACAAAGCAGAGUUAGGGGUUUCAUAUCUGGACUUUUAAAGUGUACAUUAUGGGAAUAGAAUAAGUGCCUCGCGCUUUACCACUGCCAUUCAUUGUCAUACUGCCAUUCACUUCCAAACAUCAGGCAAGUGGCUCUUUCCUGUUCCAGGGUUCUUCCCUGUUCUCUUU